CAACAAGGACAAGGCAAAGAUGCUCAGAUUGGAGUAGGGGAAUUAGACAAUGAAGAAGACACAUACCACAGCAGCAGUACUACAAACUCUUAUAGGGAUGAGUGGUUUCGACUGUUUGAGCGUGAUGACUACUUGCAGGUAGUCAAACAGGAGGGUAAGAAAGGCAGAUUAAGGAGCAGCAGGUUCCGUAGUAUCUGCUGGAAGAUCUACCUAGACUGCUUACCCGAAGACAGAACAGCUUGGCUGCAGUCUGUGAGGGAAAACAGAAAGAAGUAUGAUGGAUUUAGAGAGCAACAUAUACACAGCACGAAAGAAGGAUUGAGGGAUAGGGCAAUGGAUCCUACGCUCAACAAUCCACUAUCACAGAUGGAAGAGAGCCCCUGGAACAGGUUCUUCCAAGACAAGGACUGCCGAACCGAAAUCAAACAAGACGUGGUCAGAUGUUUUCCCGAGAUCGCUUUCUUCAAGAGCGAAAAGAUCCGGGACAUGAUGAUUGAUAUCCUUUUCUGUUUUGCCAAGGAAAAUAGCAAUGUGCUGUACAAACAGGGAAUGCAUGAACUCCUAGCUCCCCUGAUGUUUGUGAUACACUGUGAUCAACAAGCAUUCCUACAUGCAAAAGAAAUGGAAUCACAGCUGGUUUUUGGCCCCAAUGAAAGAGAAAUAGUUUCAGAACUCAUGAAUCCUGACUACUUGGAGCACGAUUCAUACACCCUCUUUUGUCAUCUGAUGGAGACGGCCGAGCCAUGGUUUCAUCACGGUCAAGACUUCCCUGCUCAGAGUGGUUUCGUCCAAUCAGAGCCCUUCUCUAAACCAGAGGAGUGCAACCCCUCCUCCCCUCUGGUCAAGAAACUCAACAGGAUACGAGAGUUUAUCCUCAAGAAACAUGAUUUUGAGCUUUACACUCAUCUCAAUCAGCUAGAUAUCCAGCCUCAGAUAUAUGGCAUCCGAUGGUUGCGGCUGUUGUUCGGUCGAGAGUUCACAUUCCAGGAUCUGAUAGUAUUAUGGGAUGCCAUCUUUGCUGAUUCGCCGAUGCUGGAUCUGGUUGAUUACAUCUUUGUUGCCAUGCUCAUCAAAAUCAGAGAACUUUUAUUGACAGCAGAGUAUGCCAACUGCCUGAUGCUGUUGAUGAGGUAUCCUACUGUAGAUGACAUCCACUACCUGGUCAAUAAGGCAUUACAUCUUAGAGAUCCAAAGAACAACCCCAGGCAGGCCAACUACCAGUUCCAGAUCUACUCCCAGAUGAAAAGCGGAAACGUCAUCUCCACAACACGAGGCCAUGUCACCGUCCCAAAGAAACCAGUACCAGUGGUCAAGAAGACCACAUCGGCGGUCAGUCAGGGAUUCAACAGCCUCAGGAGGAUCGGGAAGGGGGCCAACGCUCAGAAGGAUAAGGGGUCUAAAUCCAAGACGAUGGAAGACCUACCCCACCCGUUGGCCCACUCGACCUCUGACCUUGUGACUGACAUUCAGACCCGAGACCUCAAGGUGCUGUCCAAAUCUAGUAUCGCUGGUAUGGAGACACUGAGCUCAAGUACAGAGGGACUCUCCAAGAUGGAGAAGACAGGGAAACAAGCUCCUUCUAGUCUUCAACCCAAUAUAUUCGCUAAGCCAAGGAGUGCAGGCAAGAAACAUGACCCCGAAACUGAAAUGCAGCUGGCCGUAUCACAGAGUAGAUUCAAUGAACUACAAAACAUGUGUAGAUACUGUGCAUCUAAGAUGGAAGCUCAUAUUCUACAAAUGCAGGAUGGCUUGCUGCAGCUCAACCUACAGACAGAUGAUGAGCUGUUUGUUUCGUUAGCGGGACUCAAACAGUUGAAAGAUAUCAUGAAUGGUAAGUUGAGAUUCACCCAAGGUCUCAUAGAUCCUGAUGAAAUCAGCAUUAAUGAUAAUCACUACUCACAUGGAGAAGGGGCGGAGCAACAAUCAAUCCCUCAGGAUAACCAAUCAGAUGACACCAUCCAUACCACAAACAACAACAGCAACGCUAAUGCACCAAUCACAUCCAUCCAAAGUAGUUCAGAGGUGGAGCCUGAUAGCACCUCAAGAGAGUCACCUGUGAGUGGCAGCACUGAGCAGCCAAUCACAGCCAGUCUUGGCACUGAGGGGGAGGAGUCACAAGAUAAGUCUGCUGUCAUUGGUGAGAGGAAUGCAAGGGUGAAUCCUUUCAACACAAAUGGAGUAAAAGAUAAGGAACUUGUGUCUGGUGGACUUGACGAAGAGGACCAGGAAAAUGGAAAUGCAAAGUGCAAUAGCCACCCUUUGUUUGACUCAUAACAUAAACUUUGAAAAUACAAACCACGUUGAACUAUGACAUUAGACAGUCAUAUAUCUACAUAUGUGCACAUGCUGUAAAUAAGAAUUAAAGGGAUGCAUCUAUAUAAAGAAAUAUUAUUGUUGAACGAAAAACAAAGAUGACAAAUAUUAUAUUUUCAUUGUAUCACAGAGAAAAACAUGCCUGUACAUAUAUUUUCAGCUGGAAUAGUUUGAAAAAAAAUAUAUAUAUAUAUUUGUGUUAAUAGCACUCAUUGAGAUAUUUACUGGUUUUCUUCACAUGCAAAUCAGGUCAUGUCCUGGUGUAUGAUAACUUUCCGAACACAUUAUCUUUGAAAGAAACAAUUAAGUUUCAUGAACAUGUAUAUGAUAUUUAGUUUUAAAAGUAAGAAUCUGUUCCAUAGUAGUGGUUGCAAGCAAAUAUAGUUUUAGAACAAACUUUAUAUGAACAAUUGAACAAUUUUGCUAUCCGUUUACUGAUCUGUAAAUCCUUCAUAGUGCCAAGAAAGCAAGCAGAACUCAAGAUUUAUUGUCAAAGGGUGGAUGUAUGAGCUUCAAAUAAUAACACAGCAAUCUGAGGAGUGUUGCUGUUAUCUUGUAUAAAACAUGUCUCACAAUACUGUAUAUGUGUAGAAAUGCACCUUGAAAAAAAACAAUGAAUUUUUUAUUUAGUGUUUAAUCCAUUGCACAUCUUUUGUUCCAAUUUCAAUGACUAUGCAUUAAGUAGGUGCUUAGUAUGUACAAAAAUAAUAAU